AUGCCAAAGCUAGUCCUCGUUACAGGCGCCACGGGAAACCAAGGCAAGAUUUGUGGUUCGGUGGCGAAGCUGCUGUUGCAAUAUCCCGAACAAUAUACCGUGAGAUGCCUCACUCGCAAUACCGAAUCGAAAGCGUCGCGGGCCCUGGCAGACGCGGGAGCCGAGCUCGUCCAAGGCAACCUCACCGACCCAUCGAGCCUUCCUGCAGCCGUUAAAGGAUGCUGGGGAGUGUUUGCCGUAACCAAUUUCUACGAUCCGGCAAUUAUCGAUGAUCCGAUGAGCGAGGAGCAGCAGGGCCGCAACCUUGCAAAAGCUGCACAUGAUGCUGGCACGGUCGAGUGCUUCAUCUGGAGCACCAUGCCUAGCUCCCACGCUCUCUCCGGCGGCAAGUUUUUCACUCGGCUGUACGAAGGAAAGCACCUCGUCGACGGCUACAUUCGCGAGCUCGGCCUGCACGGAACCUUUCUGUACACGGGCAACUUCUACGAGAACAUGGUGCUGCGAGGACACAUGUCGUACAAUAAAGAGACGGAGACUAUCAUUUUCAAGCAACCCAUCAUCGAGCCGGACGCUGAGCUUACGAUGCUGUACGUCGAAAAAGACCUCUCCGCCAUCGUCAAAGCAAUUUUCGACCAAUGGGAAGAAAAGAAACAAGAGCUGGAUGGUGCGUACCUACAGGCCAGCAAUGCAAGAGUGAGGCCGAAAGACAUCGUCGCCGCAGCGAAAAAAGUGUCUGGGAAGAACGUUGAAUACGUGGUUCUGCCCACGACAGGCGUGCCGGAAAGAGAUACCAUGUUCCGGUUCUACAAUGACGUUGGGAUGCACCCGGGUGUGUCGUUGCCAGAUCCGCAAGUGGUGAAGCUGGGGGUUAAAUUUCAUGACGCCGAGGACUACAUACGGGAGAGACUCUUGCCGCAUCUUGGACUUGUGCCGGUCAACUAG